AUGGAUUCAGGACCAUUUGUUGAUGUAAUUCCGAUUUUGUUAAGUUAUUUAGACUUCAAAAGUCUCGUUCGUUUAGCACAAACAUGUUGUUUUUGGAAAGAUCGUAUUUAUAACGACUUGAAAUUAUGGCCAAAUAUGAUUGAAUUGCCUUAUAUCGGUCGAAUGGAUGAUGACGGUUUUCAACGUUACGAUCCUGAAACCGUAGUAAAGGAGAAAUUAUGGUCAAUGGUUUUACCUCCAGAUGAUCCAAAAGCUUUGGAAAAAGUUUUGGAGAAGAUGGCAUCCUCCGAAGAGAGUGUGCAACGAUUUCAAUUCGUAGAAAAGACAUAUGAUGGUUAUGGCCACAGUUGUUCAUCAUUUGAAUGUUGUGGUAGUAAUACACCAAAUUAUCACUCGACAUUAGGCUGUCAAUAUACGUAUCAUCAUAAGUGCGCUGACUCAUCAUCAAAUUCGAGACGAUCACAUGAAUUGCAUGACGGUGAUAAAUGGGUCUAUCUUGUUACAUCAUUUUCGUUUAUCGAACAAAUCAAGGAAUUAACAAAUGUAAAUGAUGAUUGGUACUCAAUUUCUACUUCUGAGUAUACUUUUGCGCUAGAAGGAGAACGUCGUGUAUUCGAUGAAGAGUUUGGACUUUGUCACAACGAAGAACGACUUGCUAAGGCAUUGAGAGAUCAUCUCAAUUCAUUUCUUACACUAGCCGAUGUUGAAUUAUCAAGCCAGGGUGUCUCAUUGCAGACACCACGUCUCGUAUGGUUUCAAUUUAUGUUUAUGUUACUUUGA